GAACACAAAUUGUUCCUUCCAGUAACAGCUAUCAGCUGAGAUAAAUAAAGUAGGCUGUGAAACUACAUCCAGAGGAAGGGAUGACAUUAGUUUUAUUUCUGUUUGCUGCUGGCUGACUUCUGUGAGUCUUGAACAAAGUUACUCAACUGCUGCAUAGUGAAGAAUCAUCAUUACCCUGUGCUAGAGUGUGGUAUGAGAGAGUGCAGAAGGAGGGAGAGUGAUUGUAGAAGUUGAUGACAAGGUGACAACAGUCAGAAAUAUAAAGGUUGACAGUAGGCUUGAUGGCACCUUGGACUCAAGAGAAAAGACUGCUGCCUUCAGCUUUGACUACUGCUUCUGGUCAGUUGAUCCUGAAGAUCCAAAGUAUGCAUCUCAGGAAAUGGUGUUCCAGGAUCUUGGCACUUCUGUCUUGUCGGGUGCAUUUAGAGGAUACAACAUCUGCCUUUUUGCAUAUGGACAAACAGGUUCAGGAAAAACUUACACAAUGAUGGGAACACCUGCAUCCAUUGGGCUGACACCUCGUAUAUGUGAGGGCCUCUUUUCAAGGAAAGAUGAUUACUCAGACCAGACAGCAUCUUGCAGAGUAAAAGUCAGUUUUCUAGAAAUAUAUAAUGAGCGUGUCCGAGAUUUGUUAAAACAGUCAGACCACAAGAAACCUUACACUCUCAGAGUCAGAGAACACCCUGAAACAGGACCAUACGUACAAGGAUUAUCUCAGCAUCUAGUUACAGACUACAAGCAAGUUGUAGAACUUCUAGAAGAGGGAAUAGCUAAAAGAAUCACAGCAGCAACGCAUAUUCACAAUGCCAGCAGCAGAUCCCAUGCAAUCUUCACUAUCCACUACACUCAGGCUAUAUUGGAGAACAAUCUACCCUCUGAAAUUGCAAGCAAGAUCAACUUAGUGGACCUUGCAGGCAGUGAAAGAGCUGAUCCCAGCUACUGUAAAGAUCGAAUUACAGAAGGUGCCAAUAUUAACAAGUCAUUGGUUACACUUGGAAUUGUCAUCUCCACUUUAGCACAAAAUUCACAGAUAUUCAGCAGCUGCCAGAGCAUAAACACCCUAACUAGUGAAGGGGAGAGCAGUCAUGUGGACAGCCCCUCCACAGGCAGCGUCAGUGGGAGCAGACGACCAGCGUACAUUCCGUAUCGUGACUCCAUCCUCACCUGGCUUCUGAAGGACAGUCUGGGGGGCAACUCCAAGACCAUUAUGAUUGCUACCAUUUCUCCUGCAAGUUCCAGCUACAAUGAAACCAUGAGUACCUUGAGAUAUGCCUCAAGUGCCAAAAAUAUUAUUAAUAAGCCCAGAGUGAAUGAGGAUGCAAAUGUAAAACUGAUUAGAGAACUGCGAGAAGAAAUUGAUAGAUUGAAAACUAUGCUGAUGAGCUUUGAGCUGAGGAAUUCCAGUCCUUCUUGGAGUGAUGACAGGGAUGGAAAUCUGACUGAGCUGGUUCUUCAGAACGAGAUGAAGAUUGAGCAACUGACCAAAGACUGGACAAGUAAGUGGAUGGACAGGAAAGCAAUCAUGGAAGAAUACAGUGUGGACAUCAACAAAGAAAAAGCUGGAGUAACAAUAGAUUCCAAUUUACCUCAUCUAAUGGCGAUGGAUGAUGAUAUCCUCAGUACAGGAGUGGUGCUGUAUCAUCUCAGGGAAGGAACAACCAAAAUUGGAAGGAGUGAUUCAGACCAAGAUCAAGACAUUGUUUUACAGGGGCGGUGGAUUGAAAAAGACCAUUGUAUGAUAGACAACAACUGUGGGAUCGUGACUCUACGACCAGUUAAGGGUGCAUACUGCUCUGUGAAUGGAUGCGAAGUCACAGGAUCAUGCCGUCUGUCACAAGGGGCCCUUGUUGUCCUGGGCAAGUCUCAUAAGUUUAGAUUCAAUCACCCUGCGGAAGCUGCUAUCUUAAGGCAAAGAAGAUCAAUUAAUGAUGUCCCACCUGUUUUGAGCUGUGGAGCUUUGGACUGGCUCAACUUGGAUGGAAGUCACACUCAUUCACCUCAUUAUAUCCUCUCUUCUCUUGAAAAUAAAAAAUGUACAAACUGUAAAGAAAACAAAUAUUCUCCCAAAAUAAGCAGAGACAUAGACGCUGUGCAUGAAGAGUACAAGAAGAAACUGAAAGAGCAGGAAGCUUUCCACAGAAAACAAAUCCAACAGCAGCAGAUCUAUGUUGAGGAUUUAAAGCAGCAGAUCCUCAGAGGACAGGUCAAAGCAGAGAGAGAACUGGAAAAUGACCAAGCCCUCAUCAACCAGCAGAUCCUAGAAAACCAACAGUGGCUUAUUAAUGAGAGUAACCGACUGGCUGCCCUUCAGCAACAGCAGAGGGAAUUUGCAGUGCAAACAGAAUCUACGCUGUAUGCAGAGGCUGAGGUACAGAGUAGCCUUGGUCUGGAGAUCUCCCCUUCCCUGCUACAGCAGAACAAGAAGAGACUGGUGCAGCUGGAGCUCUUGAGAAGAUACUCCUUAAAAAAGGCAGAAAGAAACAUAAGACGGAAAAAGGUCAAAUUCCAGCUGGAAAGGAUAGUCAAGAAGCAGAAGUUAUUGGAAGCUAAGCAAAACCUAGAGCAGCUGGAAGCUAACUGCUGGUUCAGUGAAGUUCAUGUGAAACAAUCCCCAGUCCCAAAUGAAAAUAUUGCAGUACAGGCCUCUGUGGAUCACCAGUUACUGAAGAGGAGGAGGUCACUGGGUUCAAGUAACUUACUACACAGUCAGCAUUCGUUUUGUAAGCCCCAUCUGCCCCAGGUACCCAGCUGUUUGUUGAAUGGGGAGACAAUCUCAAAGUUAUCUACCUCGCCAAAUAUUGAUCAAUGCUCUGAAGGUAAUUCACCAGGGAAGUUUUCAUCUGUGGAAUACUGUUACAGAAAACUUAAAGACUUUUCCAGGAGAGAUGACCUUAAUGAUGAGAAAGGUAUCUCCUUUUUAGUACAGGUGCAGCUAACUGAAGAACAAAAAGCAUCUUCAUCUGGAAAUAAAAAAGGAGCAGAAAGGGACUCUAAUGAUUCAGCUGUCAUGGCUCAUAUCAACAAAAAUGAUCAAAAAAUGGAAAAGCUGGAUGACAGCCCAGGGCAGGCUGGUUGUCAAAAACAAAGCUCUAAAGGCUCCUCUCCUGAUCAUUUUAAGGAAAAAAAUGAGCCUGAAACCUUUAUUACAGGGACAAGAAUGACAAAAGCAAAGGUGCUAGGAGAUUUAAGUCAGCCUGCAAAUAGCUGUCUAGAACAAAACAGAGCUCAGGUAUCCAAUAAAAAGACUAGAAUGGAUGUCAAUGCAAAAGGCCAUAGUUCUUCCCCAGAAAAUUUUGUUAACAAAUUGAAGAAAGCAGUAGUGUAUGGAAAUCUACCAUCUGCACAUCUAAACCAAGCAGCCAAGAAUUUGAAGAGAGAGCCAACCUCAGCCUUGCAAAGUCAUGAGAACUCAUCAGUGGGACAUCAAGAGUUUCUGAUGGUGGCAACAUCAGUUGGAAAUCUCACUAAGAUGAACACACAGGCACCACUCUCUUAUAUUGAAAAAAAAUGGCAUAGUGCUGAGCUGUUAAGUGCUGGAAUGUCUAAAACAGCCACAGAUGUGCUUGAGAACUGGCAAGAAGAUGAGGAAAAUGAGAUUUCUGAUACUGACAGUUCCUACUCUGUAGAUUCACUCUCCUGUGCUUAUGCAAAAGCUUUCACAGAGAAGAUGAAGCAAGAUGAUUUCAACAGAAAUAAAUGUCUUGCCAACCCAGAAGAUUCUGAGAGUGAUGACAGUCAAAUGUCACAAGACUCUCUGGUUGAAAAGGAAAAUAAAGCCAAAAGGCAAAAUAAAAGCCAGUUUCAGAAGUUAAAGGCCCAACACCAGCCCGCUAAGCUUCACAAAAGCAGAUCUGAACACCGUGUUUCAUCUUUAGUGACAUCAUAUGCAUCGCGUAGGAGACUGGGAGAGGCUGAAAGAAGCUUUUCUCUGGACAGCUUGGGUGAUGGAGAAGAUGUGCCAACAGAAGAUCCAGUAGAGGAAUCCAAAUCUGAUUCAUCUGAUGAAGUCCCAGCAGAGAUUUUUUGGAAGUUACAAACUCCGAGACCACCAACUGUACAGACUGAGGAAGACCAUGAGUCCAAGAUCUGCAGCAGAGAUACAGAAGGGACAAAUUACAGUCUGAAGCUGAGUAGUUCCUUCUAUUUGGACACUAAACAACAGCCUGCUUCCAGUAAUGCUUGCAAGCAGUUUCUGAAGGAUGCAAAAGUCUCUUUUGCAGAGCAAGAAAGGUCACUUGAUGGAAGACUUUAUUAUGCAAGUGGAAAUCCUUUGCUUACAACUGAUGCUUGGUCAUCCUGUGACUCAAAGAUUGAAAUCAACAGCCCCAAAAUAACAGCACCUUCUUCCCAUGAACAUCUAGAAUUUCAAGAUGCUCGUUUCUAUUCUUUGAGCAAACCAGAGGGUUGGCUGAAGAAGGAUGAUCUGAAACAGUCAGCUGCUGAAGUUUCUUUUGUUUCUGGCUCUAAGCAGAUACACAGCAUUACUCAUUUAUCACACAGUAUAAAAGAAAUAAACACACGUUUCUCCUCUGACACAUCAGAAGUACCUUUACCAGAAACAACAACAGCUGCAAGCAGAGGUUUUGAGAGUGAGGAAUGUACAAAUGCAGAUGAAAAUUCUUCCUUGGAAUCUCAAGACAUAACGUCCUCAUUCGUAAGUUCAGUAGGACCAAGCUCUUCUUUUGUUCGUAUUUCAGUAAAACCUGAUUAUUAUGAACAUUCAAGGGCAAAUCAUCCUGAACAAGAACAAAUAAAUGAAUUAUCUACUUAUAGGUCUACCACUGAAUGCACACAAGCGUUCAGCUGUUUGGAAAGCUUCUCCACUGCAGACUGCUUGUCACCAGUACCCAGAAAAGAAGAGGAUUCUCUCCCUACAACUCAUCCAGAACUGCUGAAAGAUCACAAGCUGAAAAAGCCACCUUUUGUUUCUGUGUUGCCCGUGCACAUUUUGGAGCAGAGAAGUAGCUGUGUAGAAUCAGAUUUAGAAGAUAAUUUCCUCAGAACUAUUGAAAAAGAUGACCUAGAUGAUGACUGCAAUAACUUGAUGAUAGAAUCUAAGAUAGCAGAUUCAAACACUGGCAGUACAUCUGUCGGUGCAUCUGCUGCUGGGUCUUCUACAGGACUUGCCUAUAAUGUAGUCUCAGCACAGGCUUCUGCAGUAAAACAAGUACAUUUUGGAAACUGUGUGCAGCUUUUUCCAAGAAGGGAAAUACCAAUGUAUUGUGAUGAGAGUUUCUUUCUCAGUGACUUAACAAAUAAGAAGCGCUCCCCAGGAAGCACUCAUGAGCAUCAGGUAUUGGCUGGACAAGGAGCAGAAUCAGCUGUUGCACUAGGUCUCCUCAGACCUAGGGAGAGUAACUUGGAAGCCAUGCAAGAUACAGAUUAUGAACAAAUACCUGCAGAAGCAGCAACUGUAGACACAGAUCUUUCCUCACAGGAGAUAACAUAUAAAUUUAACCCUUUAGUUCUUGCUUACAGUGCAACGCCAAUAGAGAUAUGUGAAAAAGAGAAAAUCUGUAUGGAAACAAGCACGGAUAGCCUGUCAGAGAUUGUGUCAGAGGUGCCUUCGUUCAGAGAGAAAGAAGAAUAUGAACCAAAGGGUGAAGACUUGUCUUCUUUAAAUCAUUAUGAAUUUAAAAGCAAACCUGUUUUAAAAAAUUACUCCUAUAAGCAUUCACUAGCAGACAGUCCUGUAAGUUGCCUGUCCCAGCACAUUUCAGAAAAUUCUACGUUGUGCAUUGACAAUAUAAGAGAAGAAAGCACUGAAAGCAAAGAACACAGUAUGUUGAAUUCUCAGGUUGUAGAUCAGAAGGAGUUUUCAUCCAAAUAUAAGAACCUACAGGUAAAUGAAGUGAGUUAUCUCACAGUGAAUGUAAAUGGGAAGGACACCGAGUCCUUCCCUGCUGCUAUUUGUGAGAACGCAGGUGAAUUGCUCCCAGAAUCCAAUUCAAGCAUAUUUUACAAAGCUUCACCAAAAGCUAAUCUUUUUCAAAGUGCAUCUGAGACUGAAAAGUAUGAUGCACUAUUAGAGCAUGUUACAAUCAUGAAAGGAGAUUGUACUGCUACAUCUAAUCAUACUAUGGAAGUCAGUGUCAGAAAAAGUUCUGACAUACAUUCCAACUGUCUUUGUACGACAUGCUCUUCAAUAUUAACAGGGGAGAAGAACAAUAUGUGUAAGAUGACUGACAGUUCUGUGGAAUCUGAUGCAAAUAUUCUCUUGGAAACAAAAACAAAGAAUAAAUCCUUACUUGAAUCAGGAGAAGAGAAAGAAGCCUUUUUCGAAAGUGAUUUCCCAGAGGACAUUUUGCUUGUUGAAGAUCGUUUCAACUCAGAAUUGGGAAGAGAACUUGAAUACAACACAAAUACACUAGAUACUGUUUCUCAAGAGAUUCUGUGUAUAGAUAAAGAAUCCAAGUUUUUAAGAAACCCAGAAGCUGAUCCAGAAGAAACUAUGGUUCCUUAUCAGAAUACAAAAGCAAGCACUGAGGAAGAAAAGACAAAAUUAAACAGUAGUGCAAACAACCUAGAAAAAAAUGCACUGGAAAUGAUAUCAAGAGAGAUAGAAAGUGUACCUGACUACCCAGUAGCCAAAGUCCAAAAUGUGACUGCAGAUGGGAGCGGUGAGAAUUUUAAAGGCAUCAAUCUAUCUCAAAAUCCAAAGAAACCCAUUGAUAUCGUAACUUCUGAAGUUCACCUGACACUUGAAGAGGCAGAGAAAGAUGAAUUACAGGUAGUUAGCACCAGUGUAGAACACACUCAGGAGUCAAAAGCACUCAUGCGUUCUGAUAGCUUUUUCCAAAAAGAGGAAAGUGAGAAAAUAAUCAGUAUUUAUUCACCAGGGCUUUCUGUUUCUCCUCAAAGCUUGCCUUCAGCUAUGUGUUCCCACAGAACUGAUUUUACUCAGAAUGCUCAAGGAUUACCUGAUAGGCAAGGAAGUACUUUAGAAAAAACUGAAAAUGAAGAAAAAACAGAUUCUGACAAUUUAACUGAAACUUAUAUGCCGCAUUGCUUGCCCCAUGAAAACUUUGACCAGGAGAACAAGGUUAAUGUGUGUGAAGUGACUGAGAGUGAAGAACAAGUCAUCACAGCAAACACAGAGGGAGUGGUUAUUACGAGUCAAGAAGACAUGCACACAGAUGAAAAUGUUCUAUUUACUGAAGAGUCUCCAGCUCUGCAUCAGAUGUACUGUAACAGAGACGAUAAAGAGGAAAUUUUAAAUCAGUUUGAGAUCCCUGAAAGAUACCUUACACCUUCAGGACUAGGAGAGAACAUACUGUCAGUAGAUGAUUCACAAUACCACAAUCCUCUUGAAAUGAAUGAAGAUAGUGGCUCAGAGGACUCUGUUACAGAUACAAGAAAUACGGCUAUGAAAGAUAUUGAUGUAUACGAAUAUUCAGUUGAUGAUAAUAUUAGUAAUGAUCAAUAUAAACUUGAAGACGAAUCUAAAAUUCUCCGCAUUAAAGAGAACAGCCAUGCGUAUAGGAGUUGUUCAACACGAUUUCCUGAGCAUGGCAUUUCAGAAAACUUGAACGUAAGUGUUGUUAGAAGACCUGAUGUUUGUGGUCUGGAUGCUAUAGCCUUCAGAGUUGUUGACGAGAAAGUGCAUUUGAAAGAAGUGGACAAAACAGACAAGCAGAUGUUUUUGGAAAACAGAGAGGAAAUAGAACUGAUCGUUCUACAAAACCUGAAUGAAUUAUUCCCUGAAAGCAAAGACAGCUGUCAUGAUGACAACAGAUUAAAUGAAAUCUUAAGAGAAAGCCAGUGGGUGUCUACCAGCUUUUCUACGAAUAAUGGAGAUAACAGCAAACAACAAAAUUCACCAGCAACACUGAAGUCUACCGAAAACAUCCAAGAAAGUUCAGUUAAAGACUCCCUGUGCCCAUCUGUAAAUCACCUUUUACGUCUUGAAGUAAGUGAUGAUGCCCAUCUUGUUCAAGAUGUUCCCACUGCAUUGAAACAUCAUACAAUACCAUCUAAUGGCAAUGCUGGAACUGAAGCUGCUCUUCUGUACUAUGAAACAUUAAUGGAGAAUGAGGCCUCUGUUGGUACUCCUGAUAAAACAGACAACAAAGAGGGAGCCAACAAAGCUCAUUCUGAUAAACUUCAAAGUAAAAAUGAAGCUUUCCUGCAAAACAGGACCACACAGAACAGACAGGAGGAAGAACUCUUUGUACUUAGAAAUGAUUAUUCUGCAUCUGGGCAACCUGUCAAUGAGAACAGCUUUUCUAUGCCCUAUGGAGUGGGCAGUCAUGAAUCUGAAACAGUUGUGCUUAAGCAAGGGGCAGAAGGAAAUUCAUUUUCCUCAGAAGAAUUAGACUCCUCUGAUGAUAUAAUUCAGGAUGUUAACUCACAGGAAGAACACCGUGUGGAUUUAAUGAUUAACGAAAUAUCAAAAGGCUCCUUUAAUUCCACAGAAAGAAAAGAUCAAGAGGAAAAGGGUACCAUAAUGCCUGAUGAGCUGCUCUUGAAUAAUUCAAGCCUGCUUUCCUCUUCAGAGAAAGAAGCAAGGGAAGAUACGGGGGAGAAAACAAAGCAUUCUUUCUUGGAAAUCUCUUCUCAAAAUAUAUUCCACAACUUUAAUACAGCUCAGACAGAACUUCACUCAGAAAGUUCAUCACAAUGUGGUAACAAAGAGAAGUGCUUAAACACAGAUUAUGCUGUAACAAGCAGUAAUAAUGAUAAUGCAGGGUCUCCUGAUAUCAAGAUAUGCCAGCAUGAGCCAAGACAUAAUCAGGGACGUGAGACUUCCAAAGAUUGCUGUGUAGACUAUCCAGAGAUCACUGUUUCUGAGAACACUUCAACCCUUUCAGAAAGGCUUCUAAAUUACAAGAGGAACUCUUGUACUUCUGAACAUUCUGCUGCUCUCCUGAAUAGCCCAAGAUCAUUUGCAAAUUGCUUGAGUGACACCAGUGGAGACAAAUGUAAAAAUGAUGCUGUUCACUCUGAAGAAACAAAAUACUUUGAAAGUGAAUCAACUGUUUUCGGUGCAUCUGCAACUUUUCCUGAUGUUUUGCAAAAAGGAGAUGAAAGGGAUGAUAGUUCUGUAGUAACGGGGGCUACAGAUGCUCAAAGUAGUAAACUUGCUGAAGAAACUGUGGGAACUGUUCAAGAGGGGAAAAUAAUUCAAGAUUCUUUCCAGAAUUGCAAUGAUACUAAAGAAAGUAAAAUGCCUGAAUACUUAGAACACUACAGUAACACUUCUAGUGUGACUAUACCAGAAUCAGGAGAGCCCACUUUUCAAAGCCUGGGAAAGAUUGGCAGUAAAGAAUCAAAGUGCACUCCAUCCUACUUUGCAGAAAAUACACCAAGUGAUAUGCUGCUUCAAAAAUCCAAAAACGUAAGCGUUUUCAGUACUUGUUUACCUGAUGACUCAAAAUCUCUAACAGUUAGUCAGCUUGAAGACUCACUUCGAGACACCUUUUUGACUGAGCAGGUAUCCUCUUGUUCUGCUGAUGUGCACUCAGUAAAAGAAGACUUUCCCCAAGCAUUUGCAGAAGUUAAUCACCCAUCCGUGAGAGCAUUUUCAGAAUCUUCUCUAAUUUCAGAUUUAGACUAUGCUGAAACUGGCACGUGUGAUAGAUCACACACAAGUAUAUUAAAACAUUCUCCACUUGCUGUUUUACAAAUGCAAGACACUCAAUCUGAUAAGUCUGUGGUGUUUGAUGAGCCUAUACAUGCUUCAGGAAUUAUUUUACUUUCUCUUGCAAAAGCAAACAGGCAUUACCCAGUAUCAGACACAAACUCUGCUUUGUGUGAGAAUUCUGCUGUAGAUAUGGAACCUGUUUAUGGAAGUAAUUGUCAGCAAUUUCACAAUGAUAUCGAAGAUGAUCAGCAUCACUGGAGCAAAGUUCCGGCACAGAAAGCUUGCACAGAACGUGCAGAGAAAGUGCCAGAUGAUAGUGAAUCUCUGGUACUGUCAUCAGUACCUCUUUGGGAUACUGGAAGGUCAGUUCUGGUUAAAGAAGGGCAGAUGAGAAAAGUACUUAACAGAAAUGAGGAAGAAUUGUAUUCAAGUACUGAGGCUGAACAUUUUGCAGUAAAGAAAAAACAAGGAAAAACAGUAGAUAAAGAACCUCUUGAAAAGCAAACUAAGGUAUCUUCAAAUUCUACAAAUGAAUUAACAGAGGUUACAGUGCUGGAACGCCUCUAUCCAGGAGAUGUUAAUGUGGAUCCUGAACACACCUAUGAUUCAUUUGGUCCAACAUAUCCCACAAACAGCAGAAGUGCUGAUCCCAGACAACCAUAUCACUGUGUCUUGGGUUUUGAAAAAAGUCCUGUGGAUCUGCAAGACGACUGUCAAUAUGUGCCUAUGAGUGGUGACACAACAGGUGGAACAAAUACAGAUGAUAGAAAAGAGAUUUUACUUUGCAAAAAUAACACAGGUUCAAAUGUUCAUACUGAUGGAUUUUCAACAGGAGAUGAUAUAAUGAAAUCAGAAAGACUGAAAUUUUCUUUAAUGAAUAAUGAAAGUACCCCCUUAAAAUUUUUACUGAAAAACCAUGGUUUGCCUUCACAAGAAUCUAAACUGGUGCAAUUCAGGAGCAGAAGGCCAUGUUCUACGACACAUAAUACAAAGAGCUGUAAAACUGAACAGAGACCUUAUUUACAAAGUCAUAGACUGUCAGCCCCAGCCAUUGCUGUGUUCUCUGAUUUAGAUGAUACUUUCAAAGCUUCAUCUAAGGCAGAUUCCUUGUUAUAUUCUGCAUCUAGAUCACUACAAGAUUUAAAUAUGAGUGUGGAGCCUCCAUCACCAACUGAAGAUGAUCUUCAUGUAAUUGAAACGCCUUCAAAGCAGGAAUCAAGGAACAUUCUGCAGGUUAAAUGUAAACCUAGAUUUCAGCAAAGAAUGACACAAACUAAGAAGAUUGCAAACUGUGAUCCAAAGAAUUUACAAAAUUAUGCAGCAAGAACCCAAGGUAGCCAGUCCUCAAAAGACAGUACUGCUCAUUCUCCAUCAUCUUUACUGCCCACAGCUCACAGUUCUGUGGGCGCGAAAGAAAAUAUCCAUUCAAAGAGCAGUUCUGUAGCUCAGUGUAGUGAAGGGAGAGUUGAAGAAGCUGGGUACCGGCCAGGAACAGAUUUAUUUUUGCAAGACAAUAAAGAUGCAAUGCAUUUUAGUUCAAGUGAUAUCAACCCAUACAUUCAUCCAUGGCAACAAGAUGAAUCGUGCAAGAUUGGCUGGAAGCAGUAUGUGUUUGGAAGUGCAAGUGAUGUCUCUUGCCAUCAAAUGCCUUUAAACCUGGAUAAUCGUAAAGUUACAAGAUGUUCUAGUGUGGACAAUGGAUUGAAUUCUCAAAAUUCUCCUUUUCAUUCUCAUCUCAGUUCGUAUGCUACAGCAAAAGUUUUAUCAAGCACUUUAAGCAGCAUUGAAGGUCUUCAAGGAUGGGACAAUGCCAAACCAGGCUUUGAAUCCACAUACUCAAGUGACAGUAACAAGCAGUAUAGCAAUGUGUCCAUUGAAACACUGGAAACGAAUCCAGAAAAUGACGCUGCUGAACUUAAGAAUCCUUCUGCACAACCUGGUAACUCUUCAGUGCAGGUUGAUGAAAUUGUAUUGUUAUAUCCUUCUGAGUCAGAAAGGUCUUCCAAAAAAUCACCAGGGAUUACCUGCGAGCAGGGAACACAAACAGUGGCUACAGCAAGGUAUAAAAGGCAGAGAAGACACCAGAGAAGCUACACGGAUGUUUCUGCAAGAAGGCAGGAAACAAACAGGGAUUUAUUUCAGCAACAUUCUUCUUGGACAAGUAUGCAGAACCUGUCCAUGCAUCUGUCACAGCUUAUUCAGAACACUUCGGAGCUGUUAGGAAACCUCUCCCAACAAAAUAUUAUAGAUAACGAACAGAAUAUCAAAAUCUACCAAAGAAGAAUUGAAGAGGGUGCAAAAGCUACUAGUACUAGAUCAGAUAGCUGCACUCAGACUACAGCAGACGUAGGCACUCAGACUGAGACUUUGGAAGAAUCUCAAAGCAAACAUGAAGAAAAACGAGUGCAGACAAAAUUAGAAAAUGAACUGAGGGCAGCUAAAACAGUAAACUGCAGUUUCAAUGGAAUCGGUGCAGAUACAGUAGAUAAGGUUCCCAAAAGGAAGGAGAAAACAUUCUCUCUGGAAGAAAGAGCACUAGAAGGAACAGAGAUGAGAAAUCUGGGCAGUGCUGACUUCCAUGACAGCCUUGACAGCAUUUUGGAAGAUUCCUUUAUGCGCCUGCCUCUCUUACACAGAACCUCCAUCCCUACCUUAGAUUUUCAAAAACCAUCAUUAAAUGCACAGCAGAAUAUUGCUUCUGCUGAUGCCAGAGUUUCAUCCAUCACAUCCUCUUCAGUGAGUUCAGGGCAAGAUGAUUCUUCAUGCACUGUAGUUAGCAGCCCUACUAGUAGCACCUUUCAAUCUCCAUCGUCUUAUGCUCAGGAUAAAAGAAGUGUCAAUGAGCUAGAGGUUCCAGCAGAAAGAAAACUUCGUUACAAAAAUACUCUGUUGGUGGAUAGGGCCUCUUCCCCUAUUCUUACUCUUAGUGCUAGUCCCAAAAGCCAGAAUGCUUUUAGUAAGCCUGACUGCCUUAUUAAGGAACCCUUGGGAUCUUCCAGUGAUGCUUCAAGCCCCCUUCACAGUCAGAGAAAGCAAAGGUCAGGUCCACACUCUGGCAUGGAACCUCACGUGGACAGUUUUUCACAGACUGAAACAGACAGCGAAUGCAGCAUUUCUAGAGACAGCAAGGGUAUAAGAAGUACGUCCGGAAGUUUCUUAGAUAAAAAAGCAGCCAAAAAGCUUUUAGUAAAGGAUGGCUCAAAAUCCGUGGAACAAAAGCACAGACUCACUGUUGGCACACACACUACAAUUUGUGCAAAACGACUGUACCACUCCAGCAGCACAUUAGAGGUCUCUGGCCACACAGAGUUUUUAACAGAUGAUGUUAGAGACCGCAGUCCGCUGGCGCGUUCGCUUCAUUGUACGUAUGUCACGAGGGGAGGAAGAUCUGUGCUGGGUGGAAUCAGACAUGAGAGUUAUGUGGGGAAUUCUGAUACUGCUCUGAUUCACAACCACUCACCUCCAGAUUCUGACUUACUCUUUAAUCCAAAACGUAGUGCCGCUUGUUCAAGUCAGGCAAAUGUUAACAAGUCCCCAGAACCUCUGGUAGGAGCAGCUUCUCUACAGUUUCAUGAUUUCUGGAAAAAUGAAAACAGCUGCUCUCUCCUCUCUGAUGUGAGUGAUGCACACGUUUCCUUACGAAAUGACAAUACAAAUUCUGUCGCUGAAACGGAAUGUGACACUGAAAUCCCUCUGAAGAAAGGUACUUCUUUAGCGACGCCUUUCAGGCCUCGGAGCUACAGUCUUCGCGACUUACCCAUACACAACAAGUUUAGCAACUGGUGUGGUGUUAAGGGCAGUCCUCCACCUUCAUCGCUCAGCUUGAGUGGCAGCGCAACUGACCUGCACAGCCAGGCAGAAAGUAAGCCUGGAAGCCAACAAGCAGUGGAAAUCGAAGGGAAAUCCCAACUUUGGGGCAGCAGAAGCAGAGAGAUUGAGAGACUUCAGAGAGAGCGUGCUCAGAUUAUGUCUGGCAUACACCUGGAUCUGCACCAGCAUCCCCUUACUGUGGAACUGACUGAGGCAAAGCUGAACUAUGGCAUUGGCGAAACGGAUGCGCUGCUGAGGGUUCUGCAGAGCGGAACUGCAGACGACUUGACGGCGGUUCCAGUAAAGCAGCAGCUCUAUGAAAGACACAUGAGAUCUAUUGAGACCCUGAGGAAGGAAAGAGAGAAAAGGCUGCAAAGAUACCAAAGGAGCCGAAGUCUGAGUCCUCAGAAGCAUUUGAGUUUGUUGCAGACCCUGGAUGCAAGUCACAGGGAUCUGGAUCUCCCUAGCAGGCGCCGAGAAUAUCUGCAACAGCUGAGAAGAGAUGUGGUGGAAAAUACCAGAGUUCAAGAACCAAAAAGAGGAAGCAUUCAGCACCCUUCAGAGAUUGAACUGAUGCUCAGAGACUAUCAGAGGGCUCGAGAGGAAACCAAAACUGAAAUUGCACGAGCGAGGGACAAACUCCGGGAGAGAGCUGAGCAAGAGAAAAGACGUAUAAGGGAGCAAAUAUUUGCUCAGUUACAGAAGGAGGAAGCAAGGCUGAAGACUCUUGCAAGUACGAGCACCUUAUGUACAGAAUCCAGCCUCAGCCUAUCCUCUGGCCCAACAUCAGGUUACAACAGCAGCAAUACUGCUACAUACACUGCAAGUAAACUCAGUAGCUGGGAAGGACAGGUUUCUUCUGGAAGUGCAUUGCUUUCAAGAGACACACGAGGUCGUUCAGCUGUUAGAAACAGUCAGCUUUUUAUGAUCGAGCAGCUACAGAAGGAUUCAACACUGGAAGACAGCAGAAUUGAGCCACCACUUCCUUCAGACAGCAUCAGCUGUAGGUUCACUCAUGGAUUAACUAUUUCAGUAAGCUCCUCGUCAACACAAGGAUACCAAGAUUUAUCCAAACAUAUCUUGGCUAAUGCUACCACUGAGGUAAUGGCAGCAUGCUCUUAUAACCUGAGGAACCUCUACACCUGCCAAGCAGCAGCUGGCUGGAAAUAUCAAUGUACAGAAAAAGAGGUGCUGGUUUACUACAAAGUCUUCCCUUCAGCAACAAAGCAUGGAUUUUUGGGAGCAGGAGUGAUAGAAAGACCUCUCGCGUAUGUGUGGGGACUAGUGAGAGAUCCAGGCAAAAGGCAUCUGUACGACAGAUCCAUCAACACAGCUCGAAUACACAAGAAGGUAACCAGCCACAUUCAGCUGGUGUAUUUAGUGACUGAUACGUCCCUGUGUUACCUACAGCAGCCACGGGAUUUCUGCUGUAUUACUGUAGAAGCCAAAGAGGAGAACUUGUCUGUCUUGGCUAUUCAGUCUGUGUAUGAUGCAUCCAUGCCUCACCCUUGUAAGGAUGUGGUGAGAGGGGAAAUUCUGCCCAGCGCUUGGAUCCUGGAACCUGAUGUGGUGAACGGAAGAGAUAUCACCAGAGUUAUUUACAUGGCACAGGUGGAUCUGGGUGCCCCGGCUAUCCCAGCGCGGCUCCUGAGCUCCAUCGCUAAGCGGCAGCCUUUGGUCAUUGCUCGACUAGCACACUUCCUUGCCAGUUAGUGUUGAUCGAGAAACUGGAGUAUUCAACAGCAUCUGAAAGACUGCAAGGAGACACAAGCAUCCAUAAGGGUAAAGUAAAGUGUUUGCUCUUAAGACAGGCACAAUCAAACCUCACUUGAGGAGCCUGAUUGCUAACUUCGGACUAUUCAAAGGUAUAGCUUGGAAAAAAAAGAUCAUUUUAGCUAAAGCUCCUUAGAAGAAACCCAGCAAGUUUUAUAAGGAUCCCAUUUUUCUGGAAACAGCUGUGAAAAACCUCUAUGAGCAGGAGGAAGGGGUGCUAUCUCUAUCAAUAGCAGAGGAAGAGAAUUCUUUUUACAAUAGCCAGAAUUGUACUAUUUUGUUUCGAUUUCCAAGGAACUACAAAGAUUGACCUUCUCCCUUCAGGAAAGUUUGAGCAGUGGUGAGAAAAAAAGGCAAUGGAAGCAACGAAACGCACUAAAACCUGGAAACAGUAUUCACAUGGCUUGAGACCUUUUACAAACUCUUGAGCAGAAACGCAAGGCCACUUCCUCACAUUGAGAUAAAUAUCAAACGCAGAAUUCCUCUAGCAGCAUAGAUAGAGUCAGCUUGCCAUGAUAAAUUAUUUACUUCUCCUUGCAGGGAAGCUAAAGCAGCGUGACACCCACGAGUCAUCCCACCUAAUAGAUUUUUCUCACAGUUGGCUGACUGCUUACAGCCAGUACAGUUUAAGGGAUUUCCAAUUACCACUAUACUAUGCAGCAAUAGUGGAAGCCACCACACCUCAGGACACAGUUUUACUGCACUACAGAAUUAGGUGCUUUGAAAUAGAGAAACCAAAUUGACAGUUUUAAACAAUAACUCAUUAAUAGGAAGUAGUACAGAGUAGUCAGCUUGUUUCUACAAUUUGAAUCCCGCUAAUAAGAGUAACUCCGGCACUUUUCCAUAAUGGCUUUUUCCAUCAGCCUGUCUGUGCUUUCACCCAGAAGCUUUAAGAGCUGAAAAUCCAGCCUGGUCCCCGUUCUCAUUGUCACUUCUUUGUUCACAACACGAACAGCUGCCUCCACAGCAGGGAGCACAGUGUCUCCCCGCUCACUUACCUCGCUGCUGUUGAGCUUUGUCCAACGCUCAUGUUGUCAGGCUUCAUGUGUUUGGUCACAGGUUCCUAAAAUUAAACAAACACAACCAACUCAAGUAUCUGAAUAACUUUGUGUAGGUCUUCAGCACAA